AUGGAUGUGGCCGUGAAGCUGCAUCCGGCGGUUUUUGCGGUGCCGCCGCUGCUUUUGAUAACAUUUUACCUAGAGUUCAGCAUUUUUGCGCUCGCCUCAUGCGUGCUUUGUGGGUUCGGUGGAUACAAGCUGGGUGAAUGGCUGUUGGAGGACCGGCGGCUGCAGAACCUGAUCAGCGCCCGAUUCGGAAAGUUGUCUGACCGGAGCGAAGACAACUUGAAAGAAGAAAAUUUGCCGGCCUGGAACGAAAUCCAAACGCCGCAACUGGUCAGCGACGCCGUCGAGCAGUUCCUGGAGCAGGUGGUCGAUCGUUUUGUGAACAAUUGGUAUGAACCGGGGAUCAGCCGGGAUCGUGCUUUCCUCAAUGAAAUCCGUUAUCAACUGAGGUUUGCCAGUUGCCAGCUUCUACGCCGGAUCUCUAUUCACGAAUUAACCGAGAUUAUCUUUGAGAAUGGGAUCCCCUUGGCCUCGCUGCAUUUGCAACGAGUGGCGGAUGCCGAAAAUUCCAUUGAAAAGCAGACGCCACCCCCACUUGUGGAGACCGAGAUAGCAAAGCAAAUGGGAAAGCUGCAUUACGCGCUGGGGAGUCGCACAAAUGAGGAGGAUUAUUUGAGACAAAUUUCCGACUUCUUGCUGCCGAUUCUUUUUGACGACUCGCGGCUAGCUGGACGUGCUCUUGAUGAUGACAGCCCGAGACAUCGGAAUGUGGUUCGAAAUCGACACAGAGCUUGGCCAUCCCAACCAUCACGCCACUUACUGAGGGAAAUGAUUGCUCAUUCCGUAUUGCUACCCCUGCUCGAUCUGAUCGCCGACCCGGACACGAUCAAUCAUCUCCUGAUACUGCUCUUCGACCCUGAACCUGUUGCGACAGUCGAACAAAUACCGUCGCCAGCUGUCCCUUUCCUCCAUGGACUCACUGAUCAGGCAGCCGAGUCAGUGCCCGAUUCACUUUUGCAGCUGAAAUUGAGCGAGCUUCUCCGCGACCCGAAGCUGUUCAGCAUGUUCGAGCUGUAUCUACGGGAUAUUCGCGGCCCCGAGAAUGAGCUGUCGUUUGUGGCGAGGGCCGACCGCGUGCAUGAGGAUAUUCAGAAAAAGAUCCUCUGCUCGUCCGAGAUUUCGAAUGCGAUCUGGCAAUUGUACUGCCAGUAUAUCCACGAGGGAACCGAGGAUAAGAUCCCGUUUGACGAGGCCAUUGGGGAGGAGUUCCGGGCCGCUUUUGCCAGCAACGAAUUGCAGCGGUUGGAGCGGAUUUUAGAAAAGAGCUACCAAUGGGUCUAUCAUCGAUUGCAGUGGACGCACGUCGUGCCGUUUUGCCAGUCUGACGCAUUCCUCGGACCUCUCUGCGGCUGCCCACCGAUAGCCCUCGAAAUAAUUUCGGCGCCUAAGGAUGCGGAACGCCGCGGCUCGAUACCGGACAAGACCUUUUCCCUCGCCCAGUUACGCUCUCGCCUUCGUAAAGCCAUAUUUUUGGAAGCGGAUGACGAGGGACGGGAUCAAUUCGAUGGAUCUUAUGAGCAGGGCGUCGAAGCAAGCAUGGAAUUCGGGACGCCGGUGAAAAAAUUUAGCGACCGUCGAGAGUUCAGUGAACCCCUUGAGGGAACCCAGCCUUUCCAUCAACCACCGCAUCACUCGCUCUCGAUGCCGGAUAUACAGACGCCCUCGAUCGAUGUGAGCUACUUGGGCGAAGAGGCUGAAAUGGCGAGCCCGGCCAGUGGACAAAGCCUGAAUGAGGGCAGCUCCGAAGAGGGCAGCGGGCCAGACAGUGGAGACCGAAAACAACCGGAAGAGCCGCUGCCAGAUUUGGUUAUCGAUACCGAGACGCGAGAUAUCGGCAGAUGGGCGGUCACCAUCCCGAAAGUCGUACCGACAAAAGACCCAAUCAACGGUCGAACCGUGUUCGUCUACCAAAUCCAAGUAAUACGACACGACGCUCAGCCGCCUGAGACCCGCCAUUGGACCGUCCUUAGGCGCUACAAUGAGUUCUACGUGCUCGAGAGCAAACUGACGGAAUUCCACGGCGACACCCUAUGCAUUCCGACGCUCCCGCCAAGAAAGAGCUUCGUGUCGAAAACCAAUGCCUUUAUCGAGCAAAAUCGACUGGCUUUUGCCGCAUUCCUGGGAAAUUUGUCAAGACAGCGCCAGCUAGCGCGCUCCGAUCUGCUGUUUGCGUUUUUGGCAUCGAAUGAGGAGUUCCGGGACACGCUACUGCUAUCCGAUUUGAACCCGUGGCGCGUGGUGAAGAAGAUGCCAGGCAAACUCUCCCGAGAGCGAGGCCAGAAUCUCCGGCCAUUCCUGCUCAACCUGCUAGCGAGCACGCUCAGCCCACCGAGCCCGAUCAUUGAGCGGAAAAAGGACGAUGAUACCGGGAGCAUAUCGUCCUUGUCUUCUGACGCCAAGGCACCACUCUCGCUCUACUCGCCCAUUUUCGGCAACAAUCUCCCCAACGUGAACAUUGGGCUCGAGCCGACUGUAAAGGACUUUGGGUGGUGUGGCUCGGACAGCGCCUUCAUCGAUUCGGCCAUGAUUCUGCUCCGAUCCACGCUGUCGAUCUUCCCAGCCGUUGUUCAAUCGUUGUUCGUCGUCUUCCGGGCAGUCUUCAGCCCAGCGGCGGAUUCAUGGAUUCGGCAGGUGACCGAAAAGCUCCUACAGAAAGCUCUCGGUGAGGAGAGCCUCGUCGCGCUCGUUCGAUUGGCCGAGCAGUCGGUGUUCUGCGCCGAGACAGCGCCAUGGCCGACGGAGCAGGAAAAAGCGUUGCGCCGAGAGUUGGCAAAAAGAAGGACGAUCGAUUGGCUCAUCGACACUCUUCCUACACACGUCGAUAGGCUCGUCGGCCAACAAGAGCUUCGCUCCGCCAUCUCGAGACUGCAUUCGGCCCUACAGUACCCCAGGCUCAACAAGCAGCUCAGCUAUGUCCUCCUCGAUGCAAUUAUCAAAAGACUUUUCGAACAUGAAUCCAAA